CCGACACGAACACCAUAAUUCGCCUCUCCUCCCUCUUCAACAUUUCUCCAUGGAUCGUCGCCCCAACAAGGAUGUCUAUCGCCACACUCUUUUUGAUAAUUCUCAACUCGACACUGUUGUGAGGUCUUCCAGGACAGCCGAUAAAACGAAGCGCUAUUGCGUGUACUUCCCUGUGGAUUUUAUCCUUGAAGAUAUCCGCGCAAAGGAGGAAAAGUACUUCGAAGAUGAUCUUAGCACUUGGGAAUAUUCCGCACCACCCUCUCGUAGUGCGAGCAACAGGUCUUGUAACACCUCAUGCAGCACACCUGCACAGGAAAUUGCUAUGCGUUUUCGUGCUGGUAUGCCUAUCGACUUCAACUCCAACGGCGCUCGACCUAUCCCUCCGUCGUCCUCGGACUCAUGUUCAUCGGAGGGAUUCUGCGAUGAGCUUGAUGAAUCUGACUACGUUCAAAUCGCCCCUGAGGGGUCCUGUAAACCAUUCCCUCCUAUUUCACGGAUCCCGGCCCUGAAUGACGCGUAUGAAGAAGCGGUCAGUAUCAUGAGGGUCCACGAUAAGAGCGAUCGACUUGCAUGCCGCCGAGCAGGCUGCCGCGACACCGUCAAAAACGUAAAAGAUCUAACGUAUCAUAUUACUGUCCACAAUUUCCUUGAAGGGAGUUACGCAUGCCCCAAGUGCGACUUAAGUUAUGAAGAUCGGCGCCAAUUUGAUAUGCAUCCCUGCUGUCGCCGUCGCCUCUUCUCUAAUCCUUCCUAUGCUCUCAGAGAGAGUUUCCGCAAGCUCCUCACCAGAAUCAUUUUUCAAUAAUCUAUUUUUUACCCGCCCUAAUUUUCAACGAUUGGAAAUGACCACGACAUACCCACUCACUGUACUUCUAUGCAUCCCCCGACCCCAAUACCCUACUAGUCACUAUACGCUCCUUUUUCAUUAUUAUACGUUUCUGUCAUCCCUGGAGGAUUUUCAUUACUUUACUGGCAUCACAUUCAAAAAAUCGGCAAACUGUCGUGAAUAUCAAUAUACAUUUGGACC